UUAUUUCUGUAUAUUAUAAUAUUUAGUUAUUGUUUUUCUCAAUUUGAACAGAUUGUAAAUAAAUAAAAUGUUGUUUAAAAAAUCUCUGUAGAUUUACGGUUAUUAAACAGAUACGCACGAAACUUGUACGGCGAUCAUUUCCAGUCUCUAUUCAGUUUGUUGUUGGUUAAUCAACAGCUGGAUAGCUGGAGUCAAAUAGAACAUGAAGGAACCAAAACCAAAACAAAAAAAUUAAAUACUACUACUAACCUCAAACAGUCAAACAUGGAUUCAGACCGCACUCCCAAGUUAAGAUAUGAAGUUGACAUGGAUGAAGAUGAAGAUGAAGAUGAUGAAUUUAUCAGCGAUGGUUCAGAUAGUUGGGAUGAAAUGGAAGAUGAUAAUCAAACAUCUGUAGAUUGCUUUUUUUGCACAAAUACAUUCCGCAGUAUAGACUCAGCAGUUUCUCAUUGUUCUAAAGAACAUGGAUUUGACCUCCCAAAGUUAAAGGCUAAACACAAGAUGGAGUGUUACUCAUAUAUAAAGCUUGUGAAUUUCAUCCGCUCCACAAAUACCAGCUGUGACACUAUCAUGAGUUGUGAUCAUCCACUCUGGAGUGAUGACAAGUACAUGACACCUGUCAACCAAGAGGAUCCUUGGCUCAUGUUUGAUUUUGAUGAUGUGGAGGAGUCAUCAAUGCUGUUGGAUAGUGGAGAUCCACCCCGGUCAGGAUAUCAUGUUAAUGCUGAGGAUGGCAGAGUCACUCUCUCUGAAAUGCACUUUGCUGAGUUGCAGAAAACAAUCAAGAACCUCAAUUCACAAAUAAAAGAGAAAGAUGAGGUGAUAUCGCAGCUGGUAGCAGACAUGCAGCGGAUGAAGGCAACGUUAGGGGAGGUGAUGGUGGGUGAGUCGAAUCACAACGUUGUACUCAACCAGAAUGUGGGAGCCAUUCGGCUUGAGGACGAUGAGGAAUAUUUCAAUACUUAUGCUCACUUUGGAAUCCAUCAUGAAAUGCUCUCUGAUGAAGUCCGGACAACAAGUUACCAGAAUGCCCUGUGCCUUAAUUCUAAUACAAUAGGUGGCAGCACUGUUUUGGAUCUGGGCUGCGGUACUGGCAUCCUGAGCAUGUUUGCAGCUCGAGCAGGAGCUGCACAAGUCAUCGGCAUAGACCAGUCUGACAUCAUUUAUCAUGCCAUGGAUAUUAUCAGAGAGAACAAUCUAUCGGAUAAGAUAACUCUGGUCAAGGGACGGUUGGAGGACACAGAGCUGCCAGUGCCGCAGGUGGAUGUGAUCGUGUCAGAGUGGAUGGGUUACUUCCUGUUGUUUGAGGCCAUGUUGGACAGUGUUAUCUACGCCAGAGAUAAGCAUCUACGGCCUGGUGGGCUACUGCUGCCUAACCGGUGUUCUCUCAGCCUAGUCGGUGGCUGUGACCAAGUAUUACACACUGAAAUGCUUGGUUUCUGGUCGGAUGUGUACGGAUUCAAGAUGUCCAGCCUGCGAGGUGAUGUGGUGAGAGAACCACAGACGUGUGUGGUCUCUCCUGACAAUGUCGCCACUACACCAGCAGAGCUGUGUAUGCUCGACCUCAUGACUGUUACCACCGACUGUAUGGAAUUCGAGGCAGAUUUCCAGAUUGUUGCCACAAAGAGCACCCUGCUGACGUGUCUUGUUGGAUACUUUGAUGUGUUCUUCGAUCUGCCCAACCCAGUAACUUUCUCUACUAGUCCUAUGUGCAAGCCUACACAUUGGAAACAAACCGUGUUCCUAAUACAGAAUCCAAUUUCAGUCAAACAAGGUGAGGUGAUCCGUGGUAAGCUAACCUGUCGCAGGAACAGGAAGGAGCUGAGAUCUCUGAUAGUGACAAUCAUUCUUGGCAACGCAAAGCAACGAUAUCUCCUGAGCUGAUUCUUAUAUACAUACACAAUUAUGUAUGCUGUUUCAAUACAAGUCUGCUGACUCCAUGUGGACUUGCAUUAUCGUGUUACCAUCAUGUCCAUUAUGUUGCUGUUGUUGACAUGAAAAAAGGGAACAUAAACAAACAUGGAUAUCUGGGAAUAUCCAAAAACCAUGUAAUAUAUUAAAUUUAGAACAGGCUUUAUGGUAUUUUUUAUAUUACUUGUUAACAGUUAUUGUAUAGUCAGCUCCUGGUUAUCUAAGGACACAAUUUUAAAUGGAGCAGAAACAGAGACAGUAAUCAGAAUAUGGUAAGAGUCUUGUUAUAAUGGAAGCAAGCAUUUUAAUUUUCAUACUCUACCCACUAUUUUAUUAUUAGCUUCCCAUAUAUAUUAUUUUUUUAUAAGUUUAAUAAGUUUAACAUGGUGAGUAUUUCUCUUUUUGGUGAUUGGUUGAACGGUUGGAUUGUUAACAUGUGUUUUUCUGUUCUUGAUGUUUGGGUAUUCUAUAUUUAUACCUUUAUAGUCUUAUUAUUGAACUUUCAUUCCAAACCAAUAAAUGUCAGGCACAUGUUUAAAUAAACUUCUAAUUACAAAUUAAAAUUUAUACCCCAUUCGAAUUGUUAAUAUAAAUAGAAGACUAUUAUCAGAUGAUUCAAUAAUUAGUUAAAUAUCUUAUUCCUAUAUCGUAAAACAUUUACUCUGGAAACUAGUGAAAUGUAAGAAAAAUGUAUUCUUUUUAAGUCUAAUUUCCUGGCAUGUAUGAGCAAGGGCAAGGGUUUUCUGUAACAUUGCAUAUUUUGUGUAAUAAUCUUAAGUGUGUAUUCCUUGCAGAUGUAACAAUAAAUGUACAAAAUAAAUAAAAAUAAUAUUGUACUUAGAUCGCCCUAAAACAAAACCGCUCUGUCAUUGGAGUAUCAGUGUCUCGUGCUAUAUUUGUGUGCAAUUUCACCUGCCUGGGAUCAACCUUGGUUUUGUAUCAUUCCCUCCUUGUCAUUGUCCCAUGAUCUGUUCUAGGUCAUCAGAAGCUGACUGUACAUUACUAUUUUAAUGCUACUUUGCAUUUUCUUUUAUGCAAACGUUUCUUAUCUAAAAAUGAUCAAUUAUUAGUUUGAGCCUCAAGCUAUUUAUUGUUUAUUGAACAUUGAAGUAUUUGUAUUUUUAACUGUGUACACCAUUUUAUUAGUAAUAAGUUGUGUUUUCUUUUAUAUUUAAUAAAAUGCAUUUGAGUUGAUUCCGACCAAGUAUUAAAUUAAA